UUUGAAUUAUUUCGAAAAGAAAUGUAGCCAUGUGUCAGUCAGGAUCAUUAAUUUUUCCAUGAGAAUUUCAACAUGCGCCCCACAUAGUAAUGGAUGACUCAGUAUUUGAGGAGCAGGGAUUGGUGUACUAUCUUUUAUUACUACCGAGUACCUUGAUUGUAUUUGUGGCCUGUCUUAUCAUCAGGUGGAUGGGUCUACAGUUUUUCCAGCAUAAUUAGUUUGAAGAUUUGCAUUGAAAAUGCUUGGAAAAUAUCCACAAAGAGUGAACAAAGUAUGGAAAGAUACAUUCACAAGAUGUUGUACAAAUGGAAAAUUCUCUCUCAGUGAUAGAUGGAAAACAGAUGAAAAUGUAAUCAUGAAUACAUUUGCUCGUAGGAAAGCUAUAUCUGAAAGAUAUGGGAUAGAAAGAAAAUCAGAGGACACCCCUAUUACACAUGUAUCCAUGAAUCCACCCCGAAAAUUUCAUGUGCCAAAAGUAGAUAAUGAGACUUUUUUGCGAGAAUAUUCUAGAGCGGUCAUUGAUGGUCAGUAUAUGACAUUAUUAGAAUUACCCACAGUAUAUUCUCCCUUGCGAGUUGAUGUGGACGUUGAGAAAAAAGAUUCUUCUUCAUCUGGGCUGAGUGAAGAGUAUAUUGAACAUUUAUUGAAUCUUUAUGUUGAGAAGAGUUUGGAAUAUCUGCCUGAUCCAUUCUCUGUAAAAACUGAUAGAUUGCUUGUUGCUUAUAUUAUGCAGAGAAAGAAGAAUUUGACUGUGGAAAGUGGAAACAAGGAAGGAAUUCAUGCCAUUUUCCCUGACUUAGUUUUUCCAACAAAUCUACACAAUAAACUAUUUCACAUUCCCAUUGCGGAAACUGUUAAAAAAGAGACUUCAGAGGAGGAGGAGUUUAAAAUUGUUAUUGACCAGAUAGGUAAAAAUCCUUGGUUCAUGCUUGGUUCUCAGAAACAUUGUGAUCUUUAUCCUUAUGCUGUAAAUUAUGUUUUCAAGUAUGGUGAACGGUUACAGCCAUUUACACUAAAUUUGAAUUCAGAAAGUGACGUCUUUUAUUGGGUGGACAGAUUCUCUAUUAGGUACAAGAAAUGUUCACAAAUAUCAGAUGCAGCUGGGGAAGAUCUCAAAAGAGAAAUUCAGUCCAUUGAAGAAUCUGGAGAAGAGGAACUAAGUAUGUACAAUUCCCUGAAAUCCAAGUUGUGUUCAAGUCAAAAUCAAGUGGACAAGAAUAAGAAUUAUUCAAGAAUUUCCCCAAAAUUUACUGGCAGAAUUGUGACCCCCUAUUUUACGGAUGUUAAAAAUCUAGUAGAACUGUAUGACAAUGAAAUUUCUCAUGCCUACAGAUCUUGGUCUUCUGUAGGUUUUGCACUUAAACUUUUGUGUUACUAUGGUAAUGGAUGUGAAAAUGAUUACAAAGAUUUGUGGUUUGGAUUUUCGGAGAAGUCUUCAAAAUUUAAUCAGCAAGAAUGCGAGCGAGUAUGGGAGUCAUUUGAUCCAAGUAAAGGGGAUGUUAUUAUGGCAAAGAGAAUUUUGUUGAAGUAUGCAAAUGACAGUGAUAUCAAAACAUUUAAAAAUAUUUUAAAUCAAUUAUAGAUGUAUGCAAUCAGUUAUGAAAAUCUUAACA